AUGUCUUUUGAUCGCUUGAGCUCGCUGGAGGCCCAGCCUACCACCAUGCGCCGGGAUGAUGACCCGCAGUACCGCGACGAUCCUGGCUUCGACCAUCUUGCGGAGUCGCUAUCCGAUCAGAUCUUCUCAUUAACAUCCAACACUACUCGCCUGUCGAGUCAGAUUGCCCUCCUUGGUACAAAGCGGGACACCGAGCGAGUACGCGAACGAGUCCAUAACCUUCUCGAGGAGACUCGAGCGGGGUUCAAGGAAGCAGGAGAAGGUCUCAAGAAGAUUCAAACAUGGGAGGACGUCAAUCCUUCUCAGAAAUGGACUCAGCAAAAGCUGUCAUCUGAAUUCAAAGCCAAUCUGGAUGAAUUCCAGACUGUCCAGCGUCGGGCUUUAGAAAAGCAACGCGCAUCUGCUGUAGCUGCCCGUACCGCUAUCGAGGAUGGCGACCAUCCAUCUGGAGAUGCCGAUGUUCAGCUCCAAGAACAGCAACUGCUGGAACAGCCACGAUUGGCCAACCAGGGAGAGGUGGAUUUCCAAGAGACUUUGAUCAUCGAGCGGGAGGAAGAGAUUCGCAAUAUCGAGCAAAGUGUUGGCGAAUUGAACGAAUUGUUCCGAGAUGUUGCCCACAUUGUUGGUGAGCAAGGCGGGCAGCUUGAUAUCAUUAGUGAAAACGUUCAGAACGUCACCCAGGACACACGAGGCGCGAAUGUUGAACUGCGCAGUGCCAGCCGAUACCAGAAGAAUGCGCGCAACAAGGCAUGCUGCUUAUUUGUUAUCCUCGCUGUUAUCUUGCUUAUCAUUGUGCUUGCAAUUGUUCUUGGAUAG